CCUAUUGUUCCUCUUUUUACUUUUUGUCCAGAUUGCCGUGCUUGCUCACUUCGUUUUCCCUGCAGCCCGGCGUUAUACAGCCGGCCUUUUUCUAUCUCUCUUCAAUGUCAAAUACCCACCUUCACACUGUAGCUCUCAUGACUUUUCUUUCUUCUUCUUCUUCCAAUACAAACCCUAUCUUCUUCCUUCUCUCGUUCUUUCCAAUUCCUCAAAAUGCCCUCACACUCGCUCUCUAAUUCCUCUUCCACUCCUUCCAUUCGCCCCUCCUCCGACCUCUCAAACGACGCCGUCGCCCUCCCGUCCCCUCCCUCAUCUUCUUCCACUCCCAGCGACAUGUGGAAUUACCUUUGGAUUCCAAUUCUGAUUUCACUUUCUAAAGAACUUAGCUUAGCCAAGGCGUCUCGUUCCAAUAUUAAUAGUAAUAACAGUAAUAUUCUUCUACCCUCUCAGUUAGACGAUGAGCCCGUGCCGAGGUGUCUUGCUCCUGACCCUAAGCUCAAUUACAGACCCGUCAUUGGAAUCGUAAGCCAUCCUGGUGACGGUGCGUCUGGGAGGCUCAGUAACGCCACGAAUGCGUCUUAUAUAGCUGCUUCUUAUGUGAAAUUUGUUGAAUCGGCCGGCGCUCGUGUUAUUCCUCUUAUUUAUAAUGAGCCUCCUGAUAUUCUUUUCGAGAAGCUCAAUCUGGUGAAUGGAGUGCUUUUCACUGGAGGUUGGGCUAAAAACGGUUUAUACUAUGACAUUGUGAAGGCGAUUUUUAAGAAAGUUUUAGACAAGAAUGAUGCAGGAUACCAUUUUCCAUUGUACGCCAUCUGCUUAGGUUUUGAACUUUUGACAAUGAUCAUUAGCAAGGACAGGAACAUUCUGGAAUCUUUUAACGCAGCAGAUCAGGCUUCUACACUUCAAUUUAUGGGAAACAUAAAUAUAGAGGGAACUGUGUUUCAGAGAUUCCCUCCAGGAUUGCUUAAAAAGUUGAGUACAGAUUGUCUCGUCAUGCAAAACCAUCAUUAUGGUAUCUCACCAGAACGACUUCAAGAGAAUCAGGAUCUGUCUGGUUUCUUCAAGAUACUGACUACUAGUGCGGAUGCAGAUAACAAAGUUUAUGUCUCCACUGUACAAGCUCUCAGCUAUCCCGUGACAGCCUUCCAGUGGCAUCCAGAGAAGAACGCUUUUGAAUGGGGUUUAUCUAUGAUUCCACACUCCGAGGAUGCGAUUCAGGUGACUCAACAUGUUGCAAACUUUUUUGUAAGUGAAGCUAGGAAGUCUUUGAACAGACCACCUGCUCGCAAGGUCCUUGACAAUCUCAUUUACAAUUUUAGUCCAACGUAUUGUGGGAAGGCUGGGAAGGGAUACGAUGAAGUUUAUAUUUUCACAGAAGAGUAAAGACCAGAUUUUAUGCUGGUGUAAGCCCUGUAAAUUGCAGAAAGUUGGAGAUGAAUGUAAAUUGUAGUGUUAUUGGUAAUAAAAAACGUUGCCGUUUAAAUAUGCUGGUGGACUAUGUAUCAGGCUUGUAAAUUUGGGUUCAAAUAUUCAUAUACGAAGAUGGUGAUACUGAUAAAAGAUAAAACAUGCGUGCGAGUGGUGCAGCUAAUGCUGCUGGGAUUUUUCUGUCAGAAGAUGUAAAUUAAACUUGAAGGUGUUUCAUUUGAUUCACCAACCUGAGACUCCACGAACUUGCAGGACCUUUUGCCUUUUGAAGAAAAAAGGAGGACGACCUAAUUAUAUAGUCUUGAAUGUACCUUGCUGGAUGCUUUUUGCGUUUCGGUUUGGAUAUUUAUUUGGAAUUUCCAUGCAAGUAGUAAGCAGCUAAUUUUUAUA